GGUCUAGCAUACACAGGAAUGCAGCUCUUGUAACUGAUUCUGUUACUUGUCAGCUAGUUUGUCUGUUUGUGACAACUAGGAUAUUUAUGAUUGGCUAGUUGUUUUAUUUCCUGUAAUAUGAUUGGUUGGUACAGCUGUGUACUAGCUUACUAUAUAUAUUAGGAGUAAGCCUCAAUCAAUGAUCAUCACAGAAUAUUUCCUAAAAGCUGUAAUAAGAAAACUUCUCUUUAAUACAAGCUUCUGUGCAGCUCCGUUUAUGGUUGCUUAAGUUUACUUCCCUUCUUCUUAGCUUCUGCAUUUAUUGAAGAUUUCAACAUGGUAUCAGAGCAGUAAACACAGAUCCUGAAUCAGUAGUUCUUUCUAAACACAGUGAUACAAUUCAAUCAGAAUUCUAAGCAUAUCAAAUUUGAGGGUAUGUUCUUCAACUGCUGGUAUUUUUCUGAUUUUCUGUGAAUCAGUGGUGCAUUAUGAUCUUCUGAUUAGUAGAUAGAUUCUCUGUAUGUGAUUCUGUUGAUAUUCUUCUGUUUCUUGAAUUUCUUCGUGGAAUUUUUUUUUUUUUCUAGUUUGAUUGCAAAAUUCUGUUGAUAAUCUGCUGCUUUUUUUUUUUUUCUUCAAUCAAAUCCUAAAAUCAUCUCAUCUCAUCUAAAUCUUCUUUUUCCUCAAAUCAAAUCCUUCAUCAAACACUUUCAGUUUUAUUUCUUUUAUUCUAAGAAAAUCUCAAUCUCAAAAAAAUCAGUCAUGACAACUCUACAACCUAAUCAAGAUCCAGCUAGUCCAUUUUAUUUGCAUCCAACAGAUAACACUGCAAGUCAGUUAGUCUCAGUGAAAUUUAAAGGAGAAGGCUAUGGUGAUUGGAGGAGAAGUAUGAUGAUCUCUAUGUCAUCAAAGAACAAGCUAGGUUUUGUGAAUGGAACACUAGCUAAACCUGAUGUAACAGCUGACACUUAUCAGGCUUGGAUGAGAUGCAAUGACAUGAUGAUUUCAUGGAUACUGUUUAAUCUGGACACAAACAUUGCCAAAAGUGUGUUAUACUUUAACACAGCUAGAGAGAUUUGGCUAGACCUGGAAGAAAGAUUUGGAUACGUUUCUGGUCCACAGUUGUUUUCUCUUGAACAACAAGCUGCAGAAAUCACACAAGGAGGACAGAACAUUGCUGAAUUUUUCACAGAGAUUAAGUCUAUUUGGGACAAGAUAAGUGCUGCUAAUCCUCUGCCAUCAUGUACUUGCAACCAAUGUACAUGUAACUUGACUCAAAAGAUCUUCAAGAUGCAGCAAGACCAAAGGCUGAUGCAAUUCUUAAUGAAAUUAGGGGAACAUUUAAGCACUGCAAGGGGAAAUUUGUUGAUGAUGCAACCUUUGCCCACCAUCACUCAUGCUUAUAGGAUGUUGGCUCAAGAAGAAAGACAAAGAGAGAUCAGUGCUCCCAUGCAACAUACAGAGAAUCAUGCUUUCAUAGCAGAUAGAAGGAGGUAUAAUGACUUACAAGGAAGAAACAAUCCUUACAAAACUGGAUACAAGAACACUUAUCAGUAUGGUGGAAACAGAACUGGAUACAAGAAACCAUUUACAUAUUAUUGUGAUCAUUGCAAGGUCAAUGGACAUAGUACAGAAAGGUGUUUUAAGUUGCAUGGAUAUCCUCCAGGUUUCACUGGUUUUAAGAGUGACAAAAGAACAGCAGCAACAGCUUACUUUGAUGAACCAUAUGGGGAUGAUAUGACAGAGUAUCAACCACAGUUCCAAGAAACUGACAGGGAACAACAACCAGGAUUUCUUACAGCUGAUCAGUGCACUCAGUUGUUAAGUUUGUUAACCAAACAACAGAAUGAGAAGAGUUCCACAGAUACACAGAAUGAUGAAGGAGAGGCUUCUGGCCAUGCAUUUAUGGCAGGGCCAUUUAAUGAAAAGGCCACAGGUUCUUGGUAGUGUGAGAUCAGGUCUGUACAGUGUGGACACAAGCAAAGAAGAUCCAGUUGUAACAAGUUCAACACAAUGUCUUUCAGCCACUGCAGAG